AAGCUGCAGCUGACGGCUGCUUCCCGGUGGAAAGGGGAGGGGUGGAUGAGAGGAAGGCAGGCAUUAGGGCUCCGGGGAAAUCUUUAAACUGUUCUCUCGCUCUCUCUCAAUCCUUCCCCGAUCAGUUAAAGCCACUUCACUUGUGAGCAGAGCAUCCGAGAACUGCUGCGGCGAUCCAGCUCCGGUGAACAGCUGCCUAUGCCAGCCCCCCUCCUGGCUUCUCCUGAACAUACCUCUCACCUCUGCCGACAUGCCUCUAGGAUGCUAACCCCCUCGUCCUCUCGCCAGCCUGGCACUUGGUGGAUACUCUUCGCAGGUUACAAUGUUUGGGACUGCCGGUCUUCUGACCAUUCUCCUACAGUUAUUCUGUGCAGCAGGGGGAGACGUAUCUGCAGGCGGAUGCACGUUUGAAGAGCUUUACAACAGCUGUGGUUACAGUGUGGCCCUGGGUACCAAUGGAUUUACUUGGGAACAGGUCAACACAUGGGAAAAGCCUCCAAUGGAUAGCAGCGUUCCAACAGGAUCAUUCAUGCUGGUUAACAGCACGGGGUUUGCCACUGGACAGAAGGCUCACCUACUCCUACCUGUACUUAAAGAAAAUGACACUCAUUGCAUCGACUUCCAUUACCACAUGUCUGGCCGCACCAGCCCUGGUUCUUUGAACGUCUAUGUAAAAGUGAAUGGUGGACCACAGGGGAACCCAGUAUGGAAUGUAUCCGGAGUGGUUACCGAAGGCUGGGUACGAGCAGAACUUGCGAUUAGCACUUUCUGGCCCAACUCUUACCAGAUUAUAGUUGAAGCUGUCUCUGUUAAAGACCACCCUGGAUAUAUUGCUGUGGAUGAAGUCCGCGUUCUGGCGCACCCAUGCCGGAACGCUCCCCAUUUCCUACGCUUGCAAAAUGUGGAGGUGAAUGUGGGACAGAACGCCUCUUUUCAGUGCAUCGCUGGAGGAAAAUGGUCUCAACACGACAAGCUGUGGCUGCAGCAGUGGAAUGGCCGCGACACAGGCCUCAUGGUAACUCGCGUGGUAAAUCACAGACGCUUCUCUGCCACAGUCAGCGUCGGGGACACGUCUCAGCGAAGUGUCAGCAAAUAUCGUUGUGUCUUAAGAUCAGCAGGAGGUUCGGGGGUGUCUAACUAUGCAGAGCUCAUUGUAAAAGAACCACCAAAGCCCAUUGCACCCCCCGAACUUUUGGCAGUAGGAGCGACAUACCUGUGGAUUAAGCCAAAUGCCAACUCCAUCAUUGGCGAUGGACCCAUCGUCCUGAAGGAAGUGGAAUACCGGACUACUUCAGGAAGCUGGGCUGAGACCCACGUCAUGGACGGACCUACGUACAAACUGUGGCACUUGGAUCCAGAUGUGGAGUAUGAAAUCCGCGUCUUGUUGACCCGCCCGGGGGAAGGCGGCACAGGACCACCAGGACCUCCUCUUACAACCAGGACAAAAUGUGCAGAGCCCGUGCAUGGACCUCAGAAUGUGGAGUUGGUGGAUAUCCGGGCACGACAGCUGACCCUGCAGUGGGAACCUUUUGGCUAUACCGUAACUCGAUGUCAUAGCUAUAAUUUAACAUUACACUAUAGCUACCAACUAGGGGAGGAACGAGUGGAAACUGAGGAGCUAAUUCUGACUUCAAGUCACUACACCUUGCGGAGUCUACGGCCGUACACCGCUGUGUACCUACGACUUGUCCUCAGCAACCCUGAAGGGAGAAUGGAGAGUGGGGAGGUUGUUGUGCACACCGAGGAGGAUGUGCCCGGUCCAAUUCCUUUGGAGUCCAUACAAGGGGGACCUUUUGAAGAGAAGAUUUAUCUGCAGUGGAAACCUCCCAAUGAGACAAAUGGGGUCAUCUCCAUGUAUGAGAUCUCCUACAAGGCCGUAGGCUCUCUAGAUCCAAAUGCGGAGCUGGCAAAUCAAAAAGGCCGAAUCUUCAAACUGCGCAAUGAGACUCAUCAUCUGUUUGUGGGGUUGUAUCCUGGAUCCACCUACUCAUUUACCAUAAGAGCGAGUACUAGCAAGGGCUUCGGACCACCCGUCACAACACGCAUUGCUACAAAAAUCGCAGCUCCUUCUCUCAUUGAUUCAGAAGCCGAGGCUCCUUUAAAUGAAACGGAAACCACUAUUACAGUUUGGCUGAAACCAGCACAGUCUCGGGGGGCUCCUGUAAGUGUAUACCAGCUAGUGGUAAAGGAGGAGCGGACACAGAGGUCAGGGAGGGCUGCAGAUGGCAGCGGGUGCUUCCCAGUACCGGUCAGUUACCGGAAUGCCUCAGUUAUGGAGUCCUCCCAUUACUUUGCGGCAGAGCUGAAACCGACACAGUUGGCCUCUUCACAGCCCUUCACGGUUGGAGACAACAGGACCUACAAUGGAUACUGGAAUCCACCUCUUUCCCCUGUGAAGAGUUACAGCAUUUAUUUCCAGGCUUUGAGUACAGCCAAUGGGGAGACUAAAAUCAGCUGUGUCCGUCUGGCCUCAAAAGCGGUUACCUCCAGCCUUCCUCCUAUCACUCGCCUCCCCCCAAGCCAGCCAGUUACAGGGGCUUCCACGCAGAAUACCAACACAGUGGAGCCGGAGAAGCCAGCUGACAGUACAGUGCAGACGGCGGGCGUGAUUGCAGGGAUGCUGAUGUUCAUUAUUAUACUCCUUGGGGCCAUGAUGACCAUCAAGAGAAGAAGAAAUGUGUACUCCUAUUCAUACUAUCUGAAAUUGGCUAAGAAACAGAAAGAAACCCAAAGUGGCUCUCAGAGGGAGAUGGGUCUGGUGGCUUCCGAUAAAAGCUCCAGCAAACUGAGCUCUACCCGCAACGAAGACACUUUCUCCAGCUGUCAGGACGUCAAUGGAUUUAGCACCUCCUCUCCCUGCUCCUUCUCUAUACAAAGCAAAAACCUGCAGGGAAAAUCCUUACUCAAUUCCUGCUACUCAGUUUCCUCAGACACCGUUCCCUCCUCAACGCUUCUAGCCUUUGAUUGGCUCCGUGUCGAGACUGACCGGGAAGAAAAGACCAAUGGGGAACUGGAACAGGAGCAGCGGGGCAUUGACAGCAGCCACGUAGAGUUGAACCAACCCACAUUAACUAUACAGACCCAUCCGUACCGGACAUGUGAGCCAUUGGAGAUGGCGUAUCCCCGUGGACAACUCCAGCCAGCCAUCCGUGUGGCAGAUCUUUUACAGCACAUUACCCAGAUGAAGAGAGGGCAAGGGUAUGGGUUUAAAGACGAAUACGAGGCACUACCUGAGGGUCAGACGGCAUCUUGGGAUACAGCAAAAGAGGAUGAAAACCGUAACAAGAACAGAUAUGGGAACAUAAUCUCAUAUGACCAUUCCCGGGUUCGGCUACAGCUGAUAGAUGGAGACCCUCAUUCAGAUUACAUCAACGCUAACUAUAUGGAUGGUUAUCAUCGGCCUCGCCAUUACAUUGCCACCCAAGGUCCUAUGCAGGAGACAGUGAAGGAUUUUUGGCGGAUGAUCUGGCAGGAGAACUCAGUCAGUGUGGUGAUGGUGACAAAUCUGGUGGAAGUCGGAAGGGUAAAGUGUGUCAGGUACUGGCCUGAUGAUACAGAAGUCUAUGGGGACAUUAAGGUGUCCCUUAUAGAAACAGAGCCAUUGGCAGAGUACGUCAUCAGGACAUUCACAGUGCAAAAGGGAUCUCAUGACAUCCGGGAGAUUCGCCAAUUCCACUUCACCAGCUGGCCAGACCAUGGUGUGCCGUGUUACGCCACAGGUCUUUUGGGCUUUGUUAGACAGGUGAAGUUUCUCAACCCACCAGAUGCUGGACCUAUCACUGUGCAUUGCAGUGCUGGAGCGGGCAGAACGGGCUGUUUUAUAGCCAUCGAUAUUAUGCUGGACAUGGCGGAGAACGAGGGAGUGGUGGACAUAUUCAACUGUGUGCGGGAGCUAAGAGCUCAGAGAGUCAACAUGGUACAGACCGAGGAGCAGUAUGUUUUUGUUCACGAUGCCAUCCUUGAAGCUUGUUUGUGUGGCAACACCGCCAUCCCGGUCUGUGAAUUCCGCUCUGUCUACUACAACAUCAGCCGCAUAGAUCCACAGACCAACUGCAGCCAAAUCAAAGAUGAGUUUCAGACCUUGAACAUUGUGACACCUCGAGCGAGGCCAGAAGACUGCAGCAUAGGACUUUUACCCCGGAACCAUGACAAAAACCGGGCUUUGGAUGUCCUACCCCUGGACCGGUGCCUUCCUUUCCUCAUCUCACUGGAUGGAGAGACUAGCAACUACAUCAACGCCACACUCAUGGAUAGCCAUAAAAAGCCAGCAGCUUUCUUGGUCACGCAGCACCCGUUACCCAAUACUGUGCCCGAUUUCUGGAGGUUGGUCUUUGACUACAACUGCUCCUCAAUCGUCAUGCUCAACGAGAUGGAUGCCGCCCAGCUGUGUCUCCAGUACUGGCCCGAGAAGACAUCCUGUUGCUAUGGACCAGUGCAAGUGGAGUUUGUAUCAGCGGAUAUUGAUGAGGACACCAUAAGCCGGAUAUUCCGGAUCUGUAAUAUGGCGCGGCCUCAAGACGGGUAUCGCAUUGUACAACACCUCCAGUAUAUUGGGUGGCCGGCGUACCGUGAUACUCCUCCGUCAAAGCGAUCAAUACUGAAGGUCGUGCAGAGGUUGGAGAAGUGGCAAGAACAGUAUGAUGGCAGGGAAGGCAGGACAGUAGUACACUGCCUGAACGGAGGAGGUCGCAGCGGAACAUUCUGUGCUAUCUGUAGCGUGUGCGAGAUGAUCCAGCAGCAAAACAUUAUUGAUGUGUUUCACACCGUGAAAACCCUGCGGAAUAACAAGGCAAACAUGGUGGAGACACUGGAACAAUAUAAAUAUGUCUAUGAAGUUGCCUUGGAAUAUCUGAGUUCCUUCUGAUCCCGUCAGCCUGGGGGAAAAAGGGAGGUGAGAGAGGAUGACCUGGUCCUAUGCAGCCCCUGUGUGGCCUGGAAGACUUCUACAUGGGGUGGGAGGGUGAACAGUGGUUGUUGCCGAUAAGGAACGAACCCUUUUUUGCACUGUACGGAAUUCCACACAUUUUUUUUUUUUAGAAAGUGCACAUUCGGGUGGAGAGAUCGAGCAGCAGCAUCUUUAAGAGCACAUCAAAGAACAAUGCCUUUUUCUGACUAUAUUUACUCUUUUUUUUCUGGGGUCUCUUUUCAUUCCGUCUCUGCUUUCCUGUUCUCUUCUACCACAUAGACACUAUAUGCAUCAACUUGUGACCUGACAAGCUCAGAAAAGAAAGAAUCAAAGACAGUGAAGUGUUUAUUUUUUUCCUCAAACAGAGCUCGAGGGUCUUCUCUAUAUGCGCCAAUGCAGAACUCCAGCCAUUUUCUAAGGACAUUUGUGUCUUAUCAUGUCGGUGACCCACGAACCACCUCUCUAAUAGAUGCACUGGCAGAGACGUUGAAUCUCUGCGUCCACUUAUUACUAUGAGAGAAUGCCCCCUUCUUUAAGCAGUGUUCUGUUGCUCUUCGUAGCAACCCCCAAGGUACAGGUGGUGUGGUCUUGUCCUCUUUCUUAUGAACCUGUCUUUAUUUAUUGCUGUAAAUGUUCUUGGGGAGGGGGCAGAGCAGUUUGUAUUCUGAAGAAAUGUCUUGCAAUGGAGCGUCCAAUAAAAUUGUGAUGUCUUUUUCUUAGUCA